AUGACUGUUGAUAACUCGUUUGAGACCCUCUUUGCAGUUCCGCUGUCAUGUGACGGCUGUAUCAAAGCAGUUUCAGACUCUUUGUAUAAGCUCGGCGGUAUCAAGAAUGUUGAGGGAAACCUGAAAGAUCAACUAGUAUCUGUCAAGGGCACUGGUAAGGCGAAUUGUUUCCCUGAAGUGUGUGUAUAUACUGACUGUGCUGCUCCUCCAGCUGCCCCAUCAGCUAUUGUGGAGGCUAUCCAGUCAACUGGUAGAGAUGCCAUCCUACGUGGAUCAGGAGCUUCAAACAGUGCUGCUGUUAGUAUUCUAGAAACGUUUGAUGAUCCCGUUGAUGGUCUUUACGAAGAACCAAGCCGGGAUGUUAGAGGGUUGGCAAGAAUGGUCCAGGUUAGCUCAGGACGAACACUGGUCGACUUGUCUAUCCGUGGUGUCUCGCCCGGAACAUAUCGAGCUUCGAUUCGCGCAUACGGCGAUUUGAAGAACGGUGCAACCUCGACAGGACCCGUAUGGUCAGGAGAAGACAAGAAGCUUCGAGGAGACCUGGGUCUUGUUGAGGUUGGUGAGGAUGGCAGAGGCGCUUCAUUUGUGGACCAUGAGUUCCAAAUCUGGGAAGUUAUUGGACACGCCAUGGUCCUAACAAGGCAAGAAGAAGAGGCUGAGCCCCUGAAGAAUGAUAAGGAUACCGUUGUAGGUAUCAUCGCACGAAGUGCUGGUAUGUGGGAUAACGAUAAGACGGUGUGCUCUUGUACCGGCAAGACGCUCUGGGAGGAGCGCAAGGAUGAGGUCAAGAAGGGAAUGCUAUGA